UUUUUUUUUUUUCUUUUUCUUACUAUUUUUCCAAUUUCAAUGCCACUUUCCAAUUUUUUUGUAUCAAAGCAUCGAAAGGUAGCUUUUGAAAUUAAUUUUAUUAUACAAGAUAUUACCAAUGUACCUCUUGUUAGUGGAUCAUAUUUUGUUAAAUGGAAAUUACAAAAAGCAAGUCAAUCAACUGGUAUUACGACAAAGGAACAUAUUAAAGAACAUUGUGUAGUAUGGUCUUUUCCUGUGACAACAACAGCAGAAUUAGUUAUUAGUAAACAACAUUUAUUAACACCUUGUGAACUGAAACUGGAAAUAUUUCAACAAGUUGGUGGUAGUAAUGCGAAACAAAUGGGCUCUUUAUCUAUUAACUUAUCUGAAUAUGCUACUUCUGGAUUCAUUACAAAACGUUAUUUAUUGGAAGAAUGUAAAUUCAAUUCUUUCAUCAAAUUGUCAAUUGAAAUGAAACAAAUCACAAACGUUGAUGAACCUUUUUCUGUACCUCCAUUGACUAAACCACCUCGACAAACGGAUAUAUCAGUUAUGAUCUCAAAUACUGCUUCCGAGAAAAAAGAAGAUAGCUCCAUAGCUCAUUCAAUAUCUGGUAGCACAUCGGAGCGUUCCAUGCAACAUCACUCCAAUGGAAUUUUGAAAUCUCAAUCAACUCUAUCACUUCCUCAAUUUUGUAGAAACAAGCCUUUUUUUACUGAUGAUCCUUCCCCUCAAGAUCUUGUUGAACAGCUAUUUACCCCCAAAUCCGAUUUAGAGACCACAUCUUGUUAGUUAGCAUUUUUUUUUUCCCACUCAUUGUAUCUUUUUUUUUUUUUUGUACACAUUCGUACCAACGUACAUAUUUAGUUCAUAGUAACAUACUUAUGUUUUUUUGAUUCAUCCAUUUGUAUAUAUACAACAACCCUUUAUCAUAUCGAAUAAAGAAUAAAACAAAACUAUUAUAUUGUACUAUUUUUGAUCUA